AACGAAUAAACCUGGUUAGUUCUGUAUCCACUCAGAAAGGAACAAGAAAACCAUCCUAAUAUCUAACACUUCUUAACAAAUCAUGAUCUAUGUUCAUUACAUUUAUAGUUGCCUACAAAACUGGACAAAGGGCUGAAAGCCGGAAAUCAUCAGGAAUGUGAAAAAAGCACGGCAGGGCCAAUUGUGGGAACAAAGGAGACAUAAAGGAAAAUGGCCUCGGUGGUUCUACUGAUUUUCAUAGGAUUUCUGGGGCCAACGUGUGUUAAUCUAAAUGAGUUUCAAUCAGCAUCAUCAACAGUUUCCCCACAUAACACGUCCUUAUCGGACAAAACUGUUACGGUCAAGACUCAAAUGAUUAACCGCGUGGUGCAGUUGUGGCCUGCUGCUAAUCGUACAGAGAUCAAAACUUUCCGGAAGGGGCCACUUAUUAUUGCGAGACGAUACUGGUAUCCCUCUUUAGUAAUAGGUCUUAAAAAAUCCACAACCCACAUCAAGUGCAUUUACCACGGCCACAACCCCAACAGUCCCAAAUACAAUACAGUCAUUCAACAGUAAUUUGCCUCCUUCUACUUUACAAACAAUCACAGAAACAACCACAUCAGAACCACCAACAUCCAACACAACAAAGACCACAAUUUCAAAACAACCAAACCUCAUCAUUCAAACAAACACAACCAAUGAGAAACCUACCUCAAGAUCAAUGUCAGCAGCGCCACCAACAAACACAGCUUCAAGCACAACAAAUACGCAACAAGAAACAAUCAACCCAACACAGCCAAACAUCACAACACAUUCUAUACUUUCAACAGACUACUCGAUACAACAAACAACAACAGCAACUCCUUUAGUGACAUCUAUGUCAUCAUCCAGGACCACACUAGCAACUACAUUAAGAGAGCCAAUAAACAACACAACAAAGCACAAGACCACUAGAAAUAAACUCACAACAGCAUCACAGGUUACUGCAGAAUCUGUGGGUAUGGAGACGAGUGUACAGAAAACCAUUGCAGUUUCAUCUACAAAUCUGCCAACUACAUCUGGAACAGGAGACGGUUUUCAAGAGUUCAAGACAACAACAACACCUGCAGGUACAGCAGCUAAAAACACGCUCAGUCCAACAACACCGCUUUCCAUGUCAAAUACAUUAGGCUCCACAGUGACACCAGGAACAACAAAAAUGGCAACAACUUCAAGUCCAAAUACAGACACUGUCAAAAGGACAACUCCGAAGGUUGCAACAGAAACAGUGAAGAAAACUGGUAACAGCACAAAACCCCCCGAAGAACCUACCACGACCAUUGGAACUUCUAAAGUGAAAACUACAAAAAAACUGCCUAAUGAAACAACAGUGUCUACAUCAGAAACAGCAGCUGUAUCAGAGACAAGCACAACAGCAAAUGUUAGAAAUGUACAGGAGACAACUGCAGUCAAGACCACACCCAUCUCUUCUGCAACAACAGACAUAAGAACUAUGACAACAGGCCUUGCAAAACAUGCUACUGUAUCUGAAGGCAUAACGUUGGUACCAGAAAUAACUGAAGCUACAACUGAGUCCUCACAAGCAAAAACUGAAUCUGGAACACAAGUGAAGGAAGUAACAGUGGCUCAUACCUUAGAGAGCGCGACCACUGUCAUUGGAGUAACACAAGAACCUGCAACACAAAUAAAUUCUGAAUCUGCAACAGUAAAUGUAAGGACAAUGACAACAGAACAAGCAAAGUUAGCUACUGUACAUAAUGAUUUAGAAACACCUGAAGUUACAACCAAGUCCUCAAUGGCAAAAUCUACAACCAUUAUAUCAAAGGCAGUAACAAUAGAUCAUACCUUAGACGGAUCGACCACUGUCAUCAGAGUUAUGCAAGAGUCUACAAAACAAGCAGAUCCAGGGACAGCUUCAACAGCACAUAGUACAUUUAAAUCUAACACAGCACAAUCAUCAAAUGCACCAACCAUAGCAUCUGAAUCAGGGACAAGAACAUCAACAAAGGUGAUAAAUAAACCAGAAGUAAUUACAUCCAAGAUUACGUCAACUCAGGGUUCAUCCUCUGUGAUAAAUUCUGAAUCUGCCACAGUGGAUAUAAGGACAAUAACAACAGGCACUUUACCUGAAGAUUUCACCUCGGUACAGGAAACAACAAAGCCUGUAACAAUGGCCCCUACUUUGGAGGGACCAACCACUGUCAUCAGGGUAACAAAAUUGGAUGCAAGUACAGCUUCAACAACACAUACAACAUUGAAAUCUAAUACAGCACAGUCCUCAAAUUUAACAACUAGAGAAACUGAAUCAGGGACAAGCACAUCCACAGCUGUUAUGAAUGAACCAGAAGCCAUUAGAACCAAGACUACACCAGUUGAAUAUACAAACUCUGUAUUCAAAUCUACAACCGAAGGUACAAGGACAACAACAACAGGCUUAGUUAAGAGUGCUACAGUACCCAAAGCCUCAACCUUGGUUAUAGAAACAUCUCGAGUUACAAUGGAACCUCCACUUGACCAAACUGCAACAGUGACAUCAAAGCCAGUCACAGUGGCUCAUGCCUUAUCACCAAACACUGUCAUCAUAGCAACACAAACUGAUUUAAGUUCUGCUUCAACAACACAUACGACAUUGAAAGAAUCUAACACACCAAAUGCACCAGGUACAAGCUCAGCAACAACUGUUAUGAAUGAACAACAAACAAGUACAACCAAGACUUCGGCUCAGGGUUCAUCCUCUGUGAUAAAUUCAGAAUCUGCCACAGUAGAUAUAAGGACAACAGCAACAAACACUUUACCUGAAGAUUUAACCUUGGUAGCAGAAACACCUGAAUUUACAAGUGAGUCCUCACAAGCCAAAACUGAAUCUAUAACUUUAGUUUCAAUGAUGCCAGUAACAGUGGCUCAUACUUUAGAUGGAUCGACCACUGUCAUCAGAGUAACACAAGAGCCUUUGACACAAGCUGAGGCAGGUACUGCUUCAACAACACAUACAACGUUGAAGAAAUCUAAUAUAGAUGACUCAACAAAUGCAACCACUUCAUUCACUGGAUCAAGCACAACAACAACUUUUAUAAAUGAACCAGAAAUAACUGCAACCAAGACUACAUUAGCUCAGGAUUCAAACUCUGUGAUAAAUUCUGCAACAGCAGAAGCAAGAACGACAACAACAGCAGGCUUAGCAAAGCUUGCUACUGUACCUGAAGCCUUAACCUUGGUACUACAAACCUUUAAUGUUACAAUUGAACCUUCACCACCUAAAACUAAAUCUACAACACAAGAUGUAGAUGCAGACAUUGCUUCAACGGCACAUUCAACAUUUAAAGAAGGAUCGAGUACAGCCAAAACAAAUGUACCAAAUACAGCAAAUGCACAAGGCACAGCGGCAACUGUUAUAAAUUACCAAGUAACAAGUACAACCAAGAUUACAUCAUCUGAGGGUUUAGUCUCUUUAAUAAAAUCUACAACAGGAGUUACAAAGACAACAACAACCGGCUCUACAAAGCUUGUUACUGAAUCUAAAUCUUCAACCUUGGUACCACAAACUUCUGGAGUUACAAUGGCACCUUCACCAGCAACAACUCAAUCUGCAAUAGUUACUUCAAAGCCAGUAACAGAGGCUCAGACUUUUGAGGGACCCACCAGUGCCAUCAGAGUUACACAAGAUGAUGGAAGUACUUCUUUAAGUGCACACACUACAUUGGAAAAAUCCAACACAUCAUCAAAUGCACACAAUACAGUAAAUGCACCAGGGACAGGCACACAAACAACUGCUAUAAAUCUACCAGAAACAAGUACAACAAAGACUACAUCACCUGAGGGUUCAUCCUCUGUAAUAAAAUCUACUAUAGGAGUUACAAAGACAACAACAACCGGCUCUACAAAGCUUGCUACUGAAUCUAAAUCUUCAACCUUGGUACCACAAACUUCUCGAGUUACAAUGGAACCUUUACCAGCAAAAACUCAAUCUGCAAUAGUUACUUCAAAGCCAGUAACAGAAGCUCAGACGUUUGAGGGACCCACCAGUGCCAUCAGAGUAACACAAGAACAUGGAGCACAAGAUGAUGCAAGUACUGCUUUAAGUGAACACACUACAAUGGAAAAAUCCAACACAUCAUCAAAUGCACACAAUACAGUAAGUGCACCAGGGACAAGCACAGCAACAACUGCUAUUAAUCAACCAGAAGCAAGUACAACAAAGACUACAUCACCUAAGGGUUCAUCCUCUGUAAUAAAAUCUACAACAGAACUUACAAAGUCAACAACAACCGUCUCUAUAAAGCUUGCUACUGAAUCUAAAUCUUCAACCUUGGUGCCACAAACUUCUGGAGUUACAAUUGAACCUUCACCAGCAAAAACUCAAUCUGUAAUAGUUACUUCAAAGCCAGUAACAGAGGCUCAGACUUUUGAGGGACCCACCAGUGCCAUCAGAGUAACAAAAGAUGAUGCAAGUACUGCUUUAAGCGCACGCACUACAAUGGAAAAAUCCAACACAUCAUCAAAUGCACCCAAUACAGUAAAUCCACCAGAGACAAGCAAUGCAACAACUCCUAUUAAUCGACCAGAAGCAAGUACAACCAAGACUACGCCAACUAAGGGUUCAUCUUCCAUAAAUAAAUCUUCAACAGAAGUUACAAAAACAACAGGCUUAGCCAAGAAUGCCACUGAAUCUAAAGGUUCAACCUUAGUACCAACGGAACCUUCACCAGCCAAAACUCAAUCUACAGCACAAGUUUCAAUAAUGCCCAUAACAGUGGCUCAUACCUUAGAAGGACCGAUAACAAACACAACCACAACAGCACCACCUGUAGGACUUCCAACAGUCCUUAAGUUUGCAUCACCAACUUCACAAACAUUAAAAUCAACUGAAAACUCAACCACAAAUACAAGAACCACUACUCUAUCUCCAACAAUAAAGUCAACAAAUGCUUCAAGAAACGCAUCUGUGGCACAUAGUACACCAGCACCACCACACAGACACGAACCAACUUCAUUGAAACCCCCAACAUCAACAGCAGCAAUUUCUGUUGCAACUGAGUUGCCUACUCAUCGACCAGUCCUGAACGAGGGAAGCAUAGACUUACGAUUCAGUCUGAACGAAACUUUCAUCAUAGUGUAUAGUGACAGAACGACCGCCGAUUUCCUCUUCUUGGCCACUAAAGUGGUUAUUGCGAUAAACAAAAUGUACAGGGGGGAAUAUAAAGAAUUCAAGCGGUCAAGAGUCAACAGCUUCUCAAAGGGAUCCAUUAAAGUUGAUAUGACUCUGGUCUUUGAGAACACUUCCGUGGUCCCAAGCACAGAUAAUGUAGAAAUUGUUUUAUUCAAUGCUGUUACGAUCAAUGGAAACCGCCUGAACAUCAUCAAUGAAACUAUCAAAGCAGUUCCGACUAAAACAGAUGCCCUAACCACAAUUAAUCAGGCGAACGUGGCAACUGUACAACAAACAACUGUGAAAACGAACACAGGAUACACAAACACCUCUUCUGCAUCUGCAUGGAUUCUUCACUUUUCAAUAUUGACUGCAACUGCCAUCAUAACAGUUUUCGUCACUCGGGCUGUUGUUUAAUUUAUUUAAAUGACAAUGAGCACUGCACAAGCUGAACAAAGAGGUCUAAUAGAAGAGAAAGAUCAAAACCAUGAGCCAUAAAUACUGAAAUUAAAAAUGGCAAAUUGAUCAACUUUUCCUGUUGUGAAAACUGUACACUCACAAGUACAUUUUUAUAUUUAAGCAUCAUCAUCCCAAGGAUAGGGAAAGUUCUGGCAUGAAACACUAGAUGGCACAGUCUAAACCAAUCUGACAUAUUAACUUUUCCACAGCCAAGGAACUUGCUUCUCAACGUUUAAAUCUUGAUUGUCAUAGCAUUGCAGUGCGCUAGAUAAACUCUACUCCUUGCCAAGCUCCACAAGUAUAGAUUUGAAUGAUACGAGAAGGUGAUCAUGCACGCUAUACGGGGGUUAUUCAUAAAGGUUAUAUGUGCAGCAGCAGCAUUUCUUCCAUCCACACAGCAGCAUGUUGUUGAUUUAUUGGCAGCAGCAAGUCUCCGUACUUGGUCCGCCGCAAGAGAUGCAUCAGCAUCAGCAUCAGUAGCAGCAGCAGCAGCAGCAUUAGCAUCAGCAUCAGCGUAGCAGAUCUAUUCCGCCAAGACCAAAUACAUUUAUAUGUCAUCCGCACCACCAUGCUAAACCCUCCGACAGUUGUCAUGACAGAACUAAUAAUCUUGUGUUAAAAAAUCGUAUCAAUGCACUUCCAGGUUAUGGGCAAAUCGCUCAACCAAUAAAUAAAAUAAAAAUGUUUAGCACUUAUAUGAGAAUAUUUAACUCAGAAUUAGAUUUCUUGAAUCAUGUUUUAUUUUUGUUUUCAUAAUUAUACCAAUAAUUUCAUAAUAAUUAUUUUUGAAAAAUGAAAAAUAUGCUACAUAGCAAAAAAUAAAUAAAGAAAUGGUGAAAAUG